CAGCGCGCGCCGUUCGCUCAGUCAACGCGCGCUGCCGGCGGACGCACGCGGACUUUUAACAGCGUCGCUCUGCGCGAGAAUCGGACGUUUUCGGACGGGAUUUCGGCACGGUGCAGGACGCGGUCCCCCCGCUGAGAUCUCUUCGUCCUCCUUCGUCGCGGACUGCAAUGAGCCGCCUUCAUCACGGUGACGCCGCCGCUCGCCAUGGUCACCCGUCAACGUGCUGACCGGCCACGCCUCCUCUGCCCUCUUCCGUCCAAUCGGCUGCCGGGAUGCACGUGAUGGGCAGCGUGUCGCCGGACGGUGAGAGCGAGUCACCCGGCCGACCUCCAGCGAGGUCACCAGAUGUCCAGACUCCUCCUCCUGCACCUCCUGCUCCACCGCCUCCUCCUCCUCCUCCACCUCCUCCUCCUCUCAUGCCGCCCCUCCUUCCAGGCCUGGGAGACCCCGCAGUGGGGCUGAAGAAGAGGAGGGUGAGGAGUUUCUUCUGGAAGACCAUACCUGAGGAGCAGGUGAGGGGGCGGGCCAAUGUGUGGACUCAGGGCGGCGAGCAGCAGCAGUACCAGAUCGACGUCCAGACCGUAGAGGAGCUGUUCGGCCACAGCGAGCGGCAGCCCGAUGCCGCGGCGCCGCUGAGCAGAGGCGGGAGGACCAGGGGCUCCUUCAGGGAGGCCAAGGAGGAGGUCUCCAUACUGGACUCCAAGCGAGGGAUGAACGUGGGCAUUUUCCUCAAACAGUUCAAGAGGCCCAAUCAGACCAUCAUAGAGGACCUUCGCCGUGGCAACAGCGAGGCCUUUGGGGCGGAGCCUCUGAGGGAGCUGCUGAAGCUGCUGCCGGAGACCGAGGAGGUGGCGAAGCUGAGAGCGUACCGCGGAGACGUGUCCAAGCUGCCGCUCGCCGAUUCCUUCAUGCACAUGCUCGUCCAGCUGCCCAGCUACCCGGUCCGCAUCGAGUCCAUGCUGCUGAAGGAGGACUUCCCCUCGGCCGUGGAGGUCAUGAAGCGCGACAUUCAGAUCCUUCGCUCCGCCGCCAGAGAGCUGAUGUGUUGCGAGGAGCUCCAUGCCGUUCUCCACCUGGUGCUGCAGGCCGGAAACAUCCUCAAUGCGGGAGGCUAUGCCGGCAAUGCGGUGGGCUUCAAGCUGUCGUCGCUCCUCUCUCUGGCCGACACCAAGGCCAACAAGCCGGGCAUGAACCUGCUGCACUUCGUCGCUCUGGAAGCUCAGAAAAAAGACCAGAAGCUUCUGGAGUUUCCUCUCAAGCUGCAUCACAUCCAGGCAGCAGCCAGGAUCUCUGUGGAAACGCUGGAUGCAGAGCUGCAGUGGCUCACAUCCCGCACGCGCUCAGUGGAGGAGAGUGUCCAGACGGACUCCGAACUUCUGCAGCAGCUGGAGCACUUUCUGCAGUGUGCCACGGCAUCGCUGAGCGCGCUGCGCGGCAGCCGGCAGCACCUGAAGAUGGAGGGCAGCGAGCUGGUUGACUUCUUCUGUGAGGACCGAAACACGUUCAGACUGGACGACUGCUUCACCAUCUUCCACACCUUCUGCUCCCGCUUCACCCAGGCCGUCAAGGAGAACAUGGAGAGAGAGGCCAAGGAGGCAGCUCGCCGCCGGCGAAUUCAGGAGCUGGAGGAGCAAAAGAGGCACUCCUGGGCAGGAGGCGAGGUGGUGGGCGGAGCCUUUGGGUUUCGCUGCAGCAGCGAGACAGACAUGUCAACGGCUGUGUCACGACAGGAAGAGGCCGGGCUGCUGGUGGAGCUCCUUGCCGCUAAGCCUCGUCCACGCUCGCCCAUCAACCCCUCCCAAAGUCCCCUGGGGCGCUCAGGAAGCCUCCGACGCUCUCGAAACUCUCCGUCCAGCUCACCUUGUGCCGCCGCUGAGCGAGAACUGAGCACGUUUCUGGAGACGGCAGCCGCCGACCGUAAAGUCCUGGGCGCGGGUCUCCCGUCACCUGAACUUGGACUCAUGGCUUCAGGAGUUUCUAACUUGGGGCUUUUGGCCUCGAAAAACACGAACCAUGCAACCGCCACAUACCUCAGCAAAGACAGUGAGUUUCCAGUGAACAGUCUUGCAAAGAAAAUUCCAGGCAAUUCUACCUCCGACUCAAACCAGCAAUAUGACCACAACAACAAUGGUAAUGAGGGCGGUGGCACGGAUUUUAGCCACGUUGCAACAACUUUAAUCUCUUCUUCUGCCUUGAAUAAUAAAACAGCAGGUGGACUGAUUGCCUGCAGCAAUGAGGAGUUCGUGCACAAUGCUGCCAUGCCAGCAAACAUAUCCGUGGUUGUAGAGAAAUGCACUCUGGUGCCUGAGCUGAAGGCGUUUGAAAACGACUUUCAACCACUGAGCCUCAACAGAGUUCAUUGCAGCAAUCUUCACCAAGACAACAUGACAAUCACCGGCUUAGACAGACAGAAAUUAGACCAAUCGCAGGUCUCAAUGGAGGUCAACAUUUCAUCACAGAACACAAUUGUGCAGCUCACUGAAAGCUCUUCAUCAUCACAGAAGGAGGACGAUGAAGGACAAAAUGAAAAGGCAGUGGUGUGGUGUGUCACAGGUGUGUGCGAGACUAAUGUGCACAACAUACCUUCCCAAAGGGAGGAGGAUCAGUGUAGCAGUGACGACAAGGAGUCACAACGAUCUUCCUCUGCUCCAGCCCAUCGCAUACCUUCAGAAACUCAACCAGCCAAUGACAAGCCAGUGCCUGUCCCCAUCAGCAGCCAACCGGUGCCUGUCUCCCGUUGUGAUGACUCCACACUUCCUGUAUCCCCACCAGAGUGGCACCCUGCAGAUCGCGCUUUGGUCAGUGUGGUGUCGGCUCUCACCACAGACGCCUUGGAGGACGACAAACCACCAGGAGAAGAAGCAACAACAUCCACGAAUGAGGUGGAGGAGAGGACUGAUUCAGCAGAGGUGCCUGAAGAAUCAACUCAUGAGAGCAAAAACAAGAUCACGUUCAGUCAAUCAACCAGUGCAUCUUUGAAUAAUGGAAAGUCAAGAUUUGCAACUUCAUCUAAACCGAUCUCCAAGAACCUCCCAACAUCUAAAACUGGACCUUCAGCAGUAAAACCUGCAGCUUCAAGCACCCUGACAACAGGCAGACCCAAGGCCAUCCGCACUCUCACCACUUCUGAGAAUCAGGGCAUGAGGAGGGUAGUGCCCAUCUCCAAGACCAGCCGAGGAGCUCCUUCCACGGUCAAACGCCCAGAAAAGCCUUCCGGUAGCGCUCGGACAUCCUCCAAUGUCACAGUGCCCACCACUCCCUCCACCCUUCACAAUGCCUCCUCCCGACAAGGGGACAGACCUGCGACUGCGCCGUCAUCCCGACGAUCCAGCGUCCAAAAGACACCUGACCCCAAGGAUUCAAAGAAUCAGAUUGUUUCAGGUACCCAAGCAUCUUCGACGUCAAGACUCAAGACCUCGACGAAAGCCAAACCGGAGCCAGAGGAGAAAAUGUGUCGCUCCACACUUCGGGCGCUCUCGCAGGCUCGCGGAGGUAGCGUCAGUGCUCCCGCUACUCCUUUACACAAAGCCUCCACCCCGUCAUCAUCUGUACUUCCAGGGUUUGCGCGAAGCACUGCCUCCUCCUCUUUCAGACAGACUCGCAACUCCCUUCCACUUUCUCCGUCCUCUCAAACACCAGGUUCCUCUUCCAAGACAGCUGCCUCUCCACCCCCACUUGACGCCUCCUCCGUUUUUACUCGAACUGGAUCACUCAGAGUCGCUGCCUCUUCCAGGUCAUCGGAUCUCAAUGAUUCCCCUUCCUUGUCCUCUCAGUUGAGGAGGUCCCAGAGCAACAGGUCGUCUCUGCGCUCAUUACCCAAAGACUCCCUCGCACCUCCUAAAGGACACCGGAGGAAUGACAGCGGCAGCUUCUCAGACAAAUCUGCUCCUUCGAGGGAUUCGGAGAAAGUCGCCCGGCCAAGCUGGAGAUAACAGGAGACAUUUGAUUUUGGUUUGAACAGUCUGGGCAUGUUGAUUAGAAAUCCUGCUGGAGAGUAAGAAGCUCAAGUCACUUUUGUUUGAGAGAGAAGGAAAUUAUUUCUCAUGGAGGCUUCUUUCCAACAUGUGGAUUUAUGAGCUGUGAUUGAAAAGUUCUGUGAGUGUGCACGUAGUCGACAGACACCCUGAUAUGAGCGGGUCAGUGGCAGAUUGCCACAAAACGUUUGUGAAGUGCUUUUACAGAAGCCAAAUGAAGGUCUUUGGCGUGGAAAACAGUCCACUCUCCAGGACCAAAGACAACAAGAAGCUUCAGCUACCACAAAGCUUUGAUUGCUAUUUAUAGGGUUGUCCACCAGGGGUCACCAAAGCACUGCUCCAGUGCCUCUGAAGGUCAACACCUGGUGCUAAAGAGAUUUAGAGAGUGGAGAUUUUCUGACCACACUAAAGUAAUUGUCUCAGCUGUGUCUGCACACUGGACUUCUAGGUGAAGUUUUGCAGUUUUCUUCGGACGUAGAUGCUUGUGGACCAGGUUGCUCGAGAAAUUCAUCACCAAUCCAUGAGAGACAGAGAAAGAGAAAUGGCUUUGACUGUGGGAGAUACUCAAAGUCCACACAAAAAGACCUUCCUGCUAUAAAUCAAGAGUGCUCACCACUGCUUCACCCAUUGACCCAUUGACAGCACCAUCUUCAUCAUUACUGAAAGCCUUUAAUUGCUUUAAGAUCCUGUGACUUCACUAUCUCUCCAUGUUUUUCUCUACGUGCCAUUUUAUUGGAAAUGUCUUUAAUGAUCAUUUAUAAUUAGAGAUGCACCAAUACCACUUUUUUAAAAGAUGGAAGACUGAAAUUUAGCAGCUUGCCCAUUCCAAGUACUGAUACAAGUACUUACUAAAUGCCAGUAAGAUUUAUGCUCCAUGCGCUGCUAUGUGAAGGCUCUGCGUUGCCAUGAACCUUCUCAGACUCUGUGCUGACGCUACGUCAAGUUUCUCAUUUUGCACAUACUUUCUCCUCCUGUUGUUUUAUCAGAACAUAAUUUACAGUCCAUCUUACUUUUGUCAUUCUCAUUAAUAUUAAAGAAUCUCCUGACUGUGGACAUCGCUCGUCCUCUCUCAUAUAUCUGCAGGCAGACUUGCUGAUGCAGGAUGUCAUGUAAUGCUCGCCUUGUUGUAUUGGGGUGCUUUUUCUGAGGACGAGUAUUUUGUGCACUGUUGGACUCAAUACUGGUAUCAAAAGCGGUCCAUCCCUAUUUAAAACUUCUUAAAGUCUAAAUUUUAUGUGUCUCUCUGUGUCGAUUGAAGGUGCAAUUCAAAUGAAUUUUAGUAACUUUCUUGGUGCCGUUUGAGAUUAACUUCAUUCCUGAAAAUGACGGGUACAUGUCGCUGUUCUCUCAAGAAUACAGUAUAAGGCCAACAAUGCUGAUACUGGUAAAAUUUCAAAAUAGAGAAACAGACAAAUACCUGAAAGGACCCACAAAUAGAUACUUGACUGUUGUUGGAGUUGCUGGUGUAUCGAAAUUAAACCUGGGCGCAAACUCAAGACGCCUUUUGGACUUUUGUGUUUAACUCGACUAACCAAGCUGAGGAACCUCUGUCCUCCUGAGGCCGAAUUGAAGGAGAAAGCAUGACGUGAUUAUGUUGUGCUUAUGGUUGCUGAAGGCUUCACCUGGGCUUGUUCCAUGACAUGUUGAAAGUGUCUGAUUCAAACUAAGGCCCUGCUCAUAUGACAAUGUUUCAAAUGAAAACGCAUUGUUUUUGAAUUUCAGAAAAGUUUUGCGUUUGCACUAACGUUUUGAAAACGAUGUUCGUUUACAUGGAAACGGCUGAAAUGAUGAACACGGCUUUGCUAGCAUGUUGGGCCAUUAGUGGGUGCUGUUGGCUGUUUUGGAAAUGAAAUCACAUGGUGGCUGUCAGCUAUAAAACUACAAGGACCAGGAGAAUCUGGACUGGGACCGGGAUGAGGAAAGUCAUGACACUCUGGCAGAAAACAUUGUUCUUAUUGUCCAUCUACUGAGCAUGUGCACCACAACUAAUUACUAUAACCAUUUCCCGCCAUUUCUAUGGCAAAGAAGUUGCAAUGUUUCGGAAAAGCUGUUUUUUUCCCUCUUUCCAUGGAUUCUGGGCACUUUCAAAAACUUCCACCUUUGAGAUCUGUCUCCGAGCACUGUUCUCAUGUAAAUGGAUACUCAAGACACAGCAAAAGUUUUGCGUUUUCACUUGAUAUUGUUGUCGGGUCAACGGGCUCUAAGUGUCUGAAAACAUCUGAUGUGCCAACUUUGCUCAUAUCAGGACAUUUGAGUACUUGUGUAUCUCCUAUUUAUGGAUGUAUGUGUAUAGAUGAUAUUUAAUAUGUGGAUAAAAUCUGUCUGCUAAUUAAAGUCUUAUUUUCCUCAGU